AACUCUUCCUGUUUAUAAAACAAUAUUAGAUGCAGAAACUGCUGUUUAAACUUUAAACCUCAAAAACGCACCCAAAAAUCUUAAUCCCUUUUGGUCGUCGUUUCUCCGUCUCAGAUCUCUGACGCCUACGAGCUAGCUUCACCGGAAUUCUGCAUUAAGAAAAAUGGCUUUAGGAGGAACAGCUCCCCCAAGAGGAAGUGCAGCAGCAGCUGCUAGCUUGAGGAGAAGGAGAACAACCAGCGGUGGCGCCUCCGGAGGAGCAGCUGGAACCAUGCUUCAAUUCUACACGGAUGAUGCCCCGGGCCUCAAGAUCUCUCCAAAUGUGGUUCUUGUAAUGAGCAUUGGCUUCAUUGCAUUUGUUGCCGUCCUUCAUGUGAUGGGCAAGCUUUACUUUGUGCGAAGGGAGGCAUAAGUAUAAAUGACAUGUAGUUCAAGUUCAUUUUUGUAUUUUAUAUGUUUCUGUUGUGGAAUUUGGAUUUUCUGUUCAUGGAUCCAUCCCCUUAUUUUUGCUAUAGUUUUUUAACAUUGAUGAACAGUAGUGGCCCUGAGAAGAUUUAUUGAGAAGAUAUAUUUCUGUUA